AUGUGGUGCCUGCUCUUGGCAGCCUUCACCAGCAGUGCGAGCGCGUUGAGCGCGUUGAAGGGAAGGCCAGCGGUCGUCCAGUUUCACGACGCUCUUCUGAACGGCUUAGACGCGACAGAUGCGCUGGCCCGACUUGAAUCGAUGGAAACCGGCGCCGGCGCGACUCCCGACGUCGUGACCUACUCGCUCGUCGCCGCGACUCUCUUGGACGCGGGCCUCGGCGAGGACGCGGACGGCGUGCUCGAGCGAGGGGCCACGUUCUCCAAGAAACGCGCAGCCUACCGCAAGCCGACGAAGCGGGCCGUGGUUUCGAAGGCCGCAGCCGGUCUCACGCGUCUCCACGAGGACGACCAUUUGGUCGCCGUCUCCAAGCCGAAUGGAGUUUUAUCGAUGACCGAAGGCACGACCAAGGGCGUCGCGACGCUGCCAGACGCCGUCGAGCACGCCUACGGCGUCGAGCUGUCCGACCUGGGCGGUCCGCUUGCGCGGGGCGUGGUGCAUCGGUUGGACCGGGACGUGUCCGGAUGCAUGGUUCUCGCGAAGACGCGCCGCGCGCACGCUUUACUGGUGAGGGCGUUCGCCGCGCGACGCGUAGAAAAGACCUACCUGGCCGUGGGCGUCGUACAGGACGGCGCGAGCCUGACCGGCCCGACUAUUAUUGACGAGCCGAUCCAGGCCAAGCCCGCCGAGACCGAGGUCGAGCCCCUCGCGCAAACGGCGGACUUCGCCCUGCUCCGCUGCAAGGCCAGGACGGGCCGGAAGCACCAGGUGCGCAAGCACUGCGCCGCGCUCGGCUUUCCGUUGGUGGGAGAGGUAUCCCCACCAAAGAAGCGGGUCAUCGAGAGCCCCUCGCACAAGGGCAUAAUGCUCCACGCUCAGACCCUACGCGUCCCGGGCGUGGUGGACGUCUCCUGCCCGCCGCCGGACUGGUGGGGCGCGGUGCCCCUGGGCCUAGUGCUGGACGAUGUGCUGUAA